AUGUACUCUGCAGGAUGCAACAUCAUAGCGGCAAAUGUGGAACAAGACACCCAGAAGAAUGUAGCAUCAUGUUCUCGCGGGAUAACAGCCAUGGCCAUUGCAUCAGAUCGACGCCUGUACGCGGUCGCCGAAAAGGCGAAACCUGGAGCUACGGGCGCUGCGGGGCGACCAUCUGUGACUGUCUAUGAGGUGCAUACGUGGAAGAAGCGACGGGGAUUGACUGCAGCGGAAAGCUGUCUUUCGCAAGAGUUCGUCUCCCUAUGCUUCUCCUAUGAUUCGAGAUACCUCGCCGCCCAAUCCGGUGGACCGGAUUGGAUGUUGCACUACUACUCGUGGGAAAAAGGGAAAACCUUGGCCACCUUGAAGCUGGUGCCCAACGCAACAGACGAGCCUGCCGAUGUGACAGACCUGACGAUCAACCCCAUUGACGAGACAGAGAUGUGCAUUAUAAUGCGCAAAACGGCGAAUGUAUAUCGAUACAAGGAGGGAGCGUUAACCGGGGAGCCGCUAUAUGGCAUACAUGGACAUAGUAUAACCUGCGGCGCAUGGCUGCCGCCUCCCGCAUCGCGACUAGCACUAGGCACUGAGAGUGGGCAGAUCCUGAUAGUUGACAGAGGCGUCAUCAUGCAAACGAUUACAGAUCUUCCUCCCAUAUCCGCCAUCUUGGGCCUGACGCCAGGGUUCGCAGUGGCCGCGAAAGGCGGUGCGUUGAGGGUUUUCGACAAAUUCAACGCUGAUCGGGAGGGAAAAGAUGUAUACAAGUUGACGAGACAGUUGACGGUCCCUGAGGAGUCGGACGUGAGGAGUCUGACGGGAAAUGCGGCUGAGGGCGUGCUUGUGAUCGAAACUGUGUAUUCGCAAAUGUUCCGGUUCAUCUUGACCGAGCAAAGAGGGCUGAAGAGUGAGCUCCCAAAGUUUGUGCCCUUGACAGAACCAUUUCACUUCGGCAGCAUCACGAGCAUGGAUGUGUGUGUGCGGCGCACCAUCGUUGCCACCUGCGCCGAAGACAGCUCUAUCCGAGUGUGGGACUACGAACAGAAAGAAUGCUUGUUUGCCAAGUUCUGCAACGAGGAACCGUUGUCGGUGGCGCUGCAUCCAAGUGGACAGCAUAUGCUUGUCGGGUUCAGCGAUAAGCUGCGAAUGAUGAACGUUCUGGUGGACGAUCUGCAUCCAUUCAGAGAAUUUGGGCUAAGAGGUUGUCGCGAGUGCAAGUUCUCGUCUGGCGGGCAAUUCUUCGCCGCAGCCCACGGCAACAUGAUCCACAUCUUCUCCACCUGGACGUGCGACAACAUCGCCAGCCUCAAAGGGCACAAUGGGCGCGUGCGCUCACUCAACUGGACCCCCGAUGACGCAUAUCUAGUCUCCGCCGGUGCCGAUGGGGCGGUGUACGCGUGGAACAUGAUCGAUUUCAAGCGUGAAAACGAAUACAUCUUGAAGAACACGAGCUACUCUUCAGCGAUCAUCUCGAGCGAUGGCAAGACGAUGUGGGUCGUUGGCAAUGAUAAGAAAAUCAAGGAAAUCAACGAAUCUUCUGUAGUGAUGGAUGUGGAGACGGACGAAGUUUUGACGCAAUUAGCCAUGUCGCGUUCGGGGCGGAUGCUUUUUGCAGGUAAGUUCAAUGCGCGGUGA